UCAGCGCGAGAGUGGGUAGGCCCUGAGGGUAAUGUCUGUGGACAUGAGUAGCCAAGCAUCUGACAGUAAUGAGGAAGAUUUUGAGGAGGAGGAAGAUGAGGGAGCAGAGGAGGAAGAUCCAGGCGACAUUGCAGAUUAUUAUGUAGGAGUGGAGAGUGAUGUGGAGCAACAGGAAGCGGAUGCUUUUGACCCGGAAGAAUACCAGUUCACAUGUCUGACCUACAGAGAGAGCCAGAGAGUGCUGACGGAGGAGGUCAACCAUGUAGCCAGUGCUCUGAAGGUGUUACCAGCUGUAGCCAAACUGGUCCUUGUACAUUUUCACUGGCAAGUGUCACAAAUACUGGACAGGUAUAAGUCCAACUCUUCUCAGUUGCUUUGUGAAGCCCAGGUUCAGCCUAUGAGCACCUGUCGAUCUCUCACUGCUGGGACGUCAUUGCAGUGUGGUGUGUGUCUGCAGUUUGUUCGGAGAGACGCCUUGCUCUCUCUACCGUGUCAGCACUCCUUCUGCAAAUCCUGCUGGGAGCAGCACUGUACCGUGCUGGUCAAAGAUGGCGUAGGAGUGGGGAUCUCAUGCAUGGCGCAGGACUGUUCUCUCAGGAUGCCAGAGGAUUUUGUCCUGCCAUUGCUUCCCAGUGAGGAACUGAAGGAAAAAUACAGACGCUACCUCUUCAGGGACUAUGUGGAGAGUCAUUUCCAGCUGCAGUUGUGCCCUGGUGCAGACUGUCCUAUAGUCAUAAAGGUGCAGGAGCCUAGAGCUCGCAGAGUUCAGUGUAGUCGCUGCGGUGAAGUCUUCUGUUUUAAGUGCAGACAGAUGUACCACGCCCCUACAGAUUGCGCUACCAUCCGCAAAUGGCUCACUAAAUGUGCAGACGACUCAGAGACAGCCAACUAUAUCAGUGCACACACUAAAGACUGUCCCAAGUGCAAUAUCUGCAUUGAGAAAAAUGGAGGCUGCAACCACAUGCAAUGCUCAAAGUGUAAACACGAUUUCUGCUGGAUGUGUUUGGGAGACUGGAAGACUCAUGGUAGUGAGUACUAUGAGUGCAGUCGCUACAAAGAGAAUCCUGACAUCGUCAACCAGAGCCAACAGGCACAGGCUAGAGAGGCCCUGAAAAAAUACCUCUUCUACUUUGAGAGGUGGGAGAACCACAAUAAGAGUUUGCAGCUGGAGGCUCAAACGUACCAGCGCAUCCAGGAGAAGAUUCAAGAGAGGGUGAUGAAUAACCUGGGCACCUGGAUCGACUGGCAGUACAUGCAGAAUGCUGCCAAGCUACUGGCCAAGUGUCGCUACACACUGCAGUAUACAUACCCCUACGCCUACUAUAUGGAGUCUGGACCUCGCAAAAAACUGUUUGAAUACCAGCAGGCCCAGUUAGAAGCAGAGAUUGAGAACCUGUCGUGGAAGGUGGAGAGGGCAGACAGCUAUGAAAGAGGAGAGGGAGAUCUCAAUGCCACCGACAGAGGGGAUUUGGAGAAUCAGAUGCACAUUGCGGAGCAGAGGAGGCGCACACUGCUGAAGGACUUCCACGACACCUGAACAUCCGUCCGACCCACCAGCAGCAGUUUCUCUUUUCUCCUCUCAUACUUCCCUCCCUCUCUCCAAAGAUGCCCUCACCUCUUCUCUUUUUGUUUCUGCUCAGUGCUGUUUCUCACUCUCUUCUUAUCACCAUCACCUCCUUGUUACACCCUUACUGCCAUCUGCUAUUAUGUAUUCUCUUCUGUGUCCAUCUUUCUGGUUUAUCUCCUCCUCACUUAUGGCUUGCUUUCUUUUUCUCUAUUGCCGUCUCAGCUGCGAGAGGUUCAGAAUAGCACGAUUGUAUUUCUGGCACAUGUCCCAUUCUUACACCCUCCUACCAGCUGAAAAUACAGACAUGCACACAAACACACACAUACACAAUUAAAACACUCCUCUAAAACAGUCUAACUGCCUCUCUUCCUCCUGCCCCCUUUCCCCUAAUAAUCACUCUUUUUUCUUUGUCUGUCUUUCUUUCUUCUCACAUUGAGUUGUUUUUUUUCUGGAAAAUGGCUGUUGAUAGUUAGAUCAUUUAAAAAAAGAAAAAAGUUGAAAAACAAAUGCUGUAAUUUUCAACGGUUGUACAUUAAUACAGAAAUAGAGUUACUGAGAGAAGGUUUUUAAACCAGA